GAUUAUUUUGUCAGGCGUUAGGGAUCGUGUUGUGACGUUUCGAGCUAUAAUGCCCGAGCCCACAAAAUCGGCCCCGGCCCCGAAGAAGGGCUCCAAGAAGGCGGUGACCAAGGCGCAGAAGAAGGACGGCAAGAAGCGCAAGCGCAGCCGCAAGGAGAGCUACUCGGUGUACGUGUACAAGGUGCUGAAGCAGGUGCACCCCGACACCGGCAUCUCGUCCAAGGCCAUGGGCAUCAUGAACUCGUUCGUGAACGACAUCUUCGAGCGCAUCGCGGGCGAGGCGUCGCGCCUGGCGCAUUACAACAAGCGCUCGACCAUCACGUCGCGGGAGAUCCAGACGGCCGUGCGCCUGCUGCUGCCCGGGGAGCUGGCCAAGCACGCCGUGUCCGAGGGCACCAAGGCCGUCACCAAGUACACCAGCUCCAAGUAGACGUGCACGGGAGAAAUAUGAAUGCAGAGAAGAAAUGAAUGCAAACAGUAACUGCAAAUGUGAAUCAGCCCAUACAAGUUAUGAAAUAUGAAAAGUCUGAUCUGCUUGAGAAUGAUUGAUUAGUGUGUUUAUCCUGCCCAAAUCCAACCCAUCCUGGCUUGCUGCACACUCGCUGCAUCAAAAAGGAGAUCAUUAUCUGAGUGGAAGAGCCCAAAAAAUGUGUUUUAGCUUUCUCGUUCCAUUUUUUUGGUGUGUGUGUGAAUUAUAAAAUUAGAUUUUACUUCUGUUACAGGCAUACUUACUGAGAAUUCAUUAUUUCCCAUGGACUAUCUUUGCUUAGGGAAGUCUGAAUCGAGAAGAUGGCAAACCGUCUAUAAUGAGAUGUUAUGAUUAAUAAAAUUUCUGAAGAAUUGGAA